CCAGCAGUACCCACUCACGAGACCGUCCAGGCGUCCACCGCGACGCGCUCUCCUGCCCGUGCCCACCUCCACGACUCCACCUCCGCAGCGCCCGCGGUAACCUCCCCACGCCACGCCACAUCGCGUGCGAGCCCCAACCGUCGCCGGCCUCCCAAUUAAGCCGCCCCCGCGGCGCGAUCCGGUGUCCACCGCUGCUCCGCCGGAGGAGGGGGAAGGGGAAGAAAAGGGAGGGGGGGAGCACAGGGGGAUGCUAGAGGCGAAGCCGCCGUCGCCGGGCUCCGGCGCGGCCGGGGCGGCGGCGCACAUCCACGGUCACCGGCGGUGGGCGGCGCCGCUGCUGGCCUCGGUUCUGCUCUCGUCGCUCCUCAUCACCGCGUCGCUCUUCUUUUCCUCCUCCCGCGCGCUGCUACUCUCCUUCUCGCCGCUCCCCUCCGCGGCCUCCGCCGAGCCUCUCUUCGUCGAGGCCAAGCUCCGCCAGCAGAUGCGGGCCGAGGAGCGCCCCACGCGGGGCGCCGUGCCCAGGAUCGCCUACCUCAUCUCCGGCUCCGCGGGGGACGGAGCCGCGCUGCGCCGGACGCUCAGGGCGCUCUACCACCCGGUAAACACAUACGUCGUGCACCUCGACCUCGAGGCCCCCGCCGCCGAGCGCGCCGAACUCGCCUCUGCCAUCCACGCGGACCCCGUCUACGCUAGGUUCCGCAACGUCAAGGUCGUCACACGGGCCAACUUGGUCACCUACCGUGGCCCGACCAUGGUGGCCAACACGCUGCACGCGGCUGCCAUCCUGCUGCGCGAGGGCGGUAAUUGGGACUGGUUCAUCAACCUCUCCGCCUCCGACUAUCCGCUCGUCACCCAGGACGAUCUAUUGCAUGUGCUUUCUGAGUUGCCCAGGCAGCUUAACUUCAUUGAGCAUACCAGUGACAUCGGAUGGAAGGAGUACCAGAGGGCGAAGCCAGUGAUCAUCGACCCUGGGCUAUACAGCCUGCAGAAGUCUGACGUUUUCUGGAUAACAGAGAAAAGGAGUGUCCCAACUGCAUUCAAGCUCUUCACCGGCUCAGCAUGGAUGAUGCUUACUCAUCAGUUCAUUGAAUAUUGUAUAUGGGGAUGGGACAAUCUCCCAAGGACAGUCCUGAUGUAUUACGCAAAUUUUCUUUCUUCACCAGAGGGUUACUUCCACACUGUCAUCUGCAAUGUCCCCGAGUUCCGCAACACCACAGUCAACCAUGAUCUACAUUUCAUUUCUUGGGACAACCCACCAAAGCAACACCCUCAUUAUCUCACACUCGCUGACUUCGAUGGUAUGGUUAACAGCAACGCACCCUUUGCAAGGAAGUUUGGAAGAGAGGAUCCUGUGCUGGACAAGAUUGACCAGGAACUGUUGGCCCGCCGACCUGAUGGAUUUGUGCCUGGUGGAUGGACAGACCUACUGAACACAACUGAGAAAGGGAAACCCUUCACGGUUGAGCGCGUGCAAGAUCUCCGCCCAGGUCCUGGUGUGGACAGAUUAAAGAAACUCGUCACAGGAUUGCUCACCCAAGAAGGUUUUGAUGACAAGCAUUGCCUGUGAAACUCCCAGUAAGAUGAUUCUGGGGCAGUAGGUUACACGCUCAAAUUUGAAGGCAUCGGGCCAUUUGCUAGGAAUGCCCCUACUAGCUGAGGCAGCAGCACAUUAGCGUCAUGUACGCGAGGAUGCAACGAUAAGGAAGGUGCUCUUACAGACAACUGCUUGAGUUGAGUUACCGUACAGCAGGAGACCACGGAUGUAGCAGUCGGAGAUGAUUAUACAGAACUAGUAGCUCAUUAGUUUAUUAGAUGAUUAUAAUCAGCCCCCCAACCAUGAAUAAUGUUGGAAUUUUUGACAUUUCUGCGCCCGAGGGUUGUGCAAGGUAGCCCAUUCUUUGUUUCGAAGCCAUGGCACCUGGUGCACCAGCUGGUAGCGUGAGACUUCGUUGUAUUGACUAGUGGAUGUUUCUGGGUAAACUGAUACAUUUGAUUGCACACAUGUAUUGAUUUGUUUCUUUUCUC